AUGAUGGAAAAGAUUAAACUCAUUCGAGAAAGAUUAGAAGCUGCACAAAGUCGUCAGAAGAAUUAUGCGGAUGCCGGAAAAAGAGAGGUAGAAUUUCAAGAAGGAGAAUGGGUGUUUCUAAAAAUUUCACCCAUGAAAGGGGUAUUGCGCUUCGGAAAGAAAGGAAAAUUAAACCCCAGAUACGUUGGACCAUUUGAGAUCCUAGAAAAGGUAGGAUCUGUAGCUUAUCGAUUAGCCUUGACUCCCGAGCUUGCCAACAUCCACGACAUUUUCCACGUAUCAAUGCUAAAGCCCUAUGUGUCAGACCCAACGCACGUAUUAGCCUUGCCGCCAAUAGAACUAAAGCAGGACCUCACUUAUGAAGAGCGACCAGUUAGGAUCAUGGAUCGUCAAGAAAAACAACUAAGAAAUAAAAUAAUUCCACUUGUUAAAGUAUGGUGGGAUAACCAUUCCGGAGGAGAAGCCACGUGGGAAAAAGAGGAUGACAUGAGAGCACGAUACCCGGAGCUUUUUGAAUAA